AUGACAGAGGCGAGAACUCCUGAUGCUCGUGUCAUUAUUUUAGGAAACACACAAGUUGGAAAGACUGCACUACUUAGUCGUUUUAUUGAUAAGACUUAUACACCUACAACAACUUCAACAGUGACACCAGUUUUAUCGCCUACUGUUGUUCAAACCAAUAAUGGUGAAUCAGUACAUAUGCAAUUUUGGGAUACUGCUGGGCAAGAAAGAUAUCAGUCGAUAGGUCAAGUUUUCUAUAGAAGUGCAAAUUUUGCAAUUAUGUGUUACGAUUGCUCUGAUGAAAAUCCACUUCCAGCACUUCAAAAGUGGAAGCAAAAUAUACUUAAUGUAGAACCUGAUUGCCAAUUAUAUUUAGCAGGUACAAAAUACGAUCUUAUUGAUCCAUCUAAACAGUUAGAAAUUAUAGAGAGCGGCGAGAGGCUUAAAGGAACCCUAGGGUGCUUAGGUUUCUUUGCUACAUCAGCAGUUACAGGCGAUGGCGUUGAUAUUCUAUUUUCCUCUAUAGCUGAUAAUUGGUAUAAUCAAAUCAAAUCUAAAUCAGCAAAGACACCUCAGAAUGCCAUGAACCAGAAAACUAAGGAUAAUAAUGGCGGUUGCUGCAAAUAA